CUGAGAGGACGUCACCAGCCCAGGCAGGAUGCGGGGAGACAGGCUGCACGGUCCUGCAGGAGGGGCUGCCGGCUGAGCAGGGGGGCUCUCACCAUGCCGCGCUGACGGAGCAGCCGGAGGACAGAAGCAAGAGGCACCAUGGAAAAAACCAAAACCAAGCAAGGAGAGAAUGAACACGUACUGAUGAACAGCCCCUCCUCGCAGAUCUACCAGUUGCAGGCCCUCGCCUCGGAGCUCAAAACUGGGUUCACGGAGGCCAUGCAGGAGCUGACCCGUAUCCAGCACGGGGAGCUGGCUCUGGAAGAAAAGGGCAAGAGCUGCAGGUGCUCCAUGGACGAGCGGGUCAUCGAGAUGAGAAACUCCCUGAACUACUUCAAGGAGGAGCUGAGCCAUGCCAUGUCCAUGAUCCAGGCCAUAACCUCCAAGCAGGAGGAGAUGCAGCAGAAGAUCGAGCAGCUGCAGCAGGAGAAGCGGAGGGAGUCGCGGAAAGUGAAAGCCAAGAAAGCUCAGAAGGAGGAGCACGGAGCUCAGGCCGCAACCCCUGGCAGCCCCUUUCGUUCCAUCAACACGCCUGAGCCCCUGCCACCCGGCGACGACUUCCCCAGCCUGCUGCCCGCUCAGGGCUAUGACAAAGCUGCUGAGUCCAGGGCUGUUCACGGUGGGGAAGGCAAUUUGAAGUCUGUCCUGGGAACAGGGGUGAGCCAGAACACCCCAGAGGCCGAGGAAAACCUCAAAGCUUGCCUGGCGGCGGAGACUCCUUCCUCGGGGCAUCUCCCCCAGGGGGUGUGGAGGCCGCCGAAGGGCAAAGAGCGGGCUGAGGGCUACGUCACGAAAGACCACCCUGACAAGCUGCAGGAAGCCGGGCCGGGCCGACAUGCGGGUGUGCGGGACGUGGCUCUGUGUGACAGCUCCCUGGCCGCUAAAAGGCAGACGGUGGCUCUGGAGCUGCUGGAAUCGGAGCGGAAGUACGUCAUCAAUGUCUCUCUCAUCCUGAAGAUCAAGGCCACCUUCCAGGGCUCGGACGGGAAGAGGAGCGCCAAGGAGAGGAGCCUCUUCCCCGGCUCUCUGCGGUACCUGGUCCAGCAGCAUCUGGACCUGCUUCACGCACUGCAGGAGCGCGUCCUGAAGUGGCCCCGGCAGGGGGUGCUGGGAGAUCUGUUCCUUAAGCUGACAAACGAUGAGAACAACUUCCUGGACUACUACGUGGCCUACCUGCGGGACCUGCCCGAGUGCAUCGCGCUGGUGCAUGUGGUGGCCCUCAAGGAAGGUGACGAGGAGAUCAAGUCGGACAUCUACACCCUGUUUUUCCACAUAGUGCAGCGAAUUCCCGAGUACCUAAUCCACCUGCAGAACGUGCUCAAGUUCACGGAGCAGGAGCACCCCGACUACUACCUGCUGCUGGUGUGCGUGCAGCGCCUGCGCGUCUUCAUCGCCCACUACACGCUGCUCUUCCAGGGCAACGAGGACCUGCUCAUCCAGAAGCGCAAGCGCCUCAAGAAGUCGUCCAUGGCCAAACUGUACAAGGGGCUGGCCUCGCAGUGCGCUGGGGGCCAGGACGGGUCCUGCCCCGAGGCCGUGCGGGAUGGCGGCCUGCACCCCGAAGACCUGCUGCAGCCCCUCGCAGCCGCCAGCGGCGCCGUCACGCACCUGCUGGCCCCGUCCAAGAAGGGCCCCCCUCCCGGCCUGCUGGACCUGGCCCCCUCCAAAGCCGGAGGAGACUGGGAGCAUCCACCGACGCGCGCCGACCCGGACGCGAAGGCGCUGCCCGGGCCCCUCCAGGCCAUCCCCGAGCUGGACUUCGAGCCGUCGCCCGCCGAGCUGGGCCCCCCGUCCGAGCGCUCGCUGCGGGGCCCGGCCGAGCUGGCCGAGGCGCGCGGGGGCUUCGUGGCGGCCGCCUACGACGACUUCGAGUACGGGGGCUGCGCCGGCGACCUGUUCGCGCUGCCCGCGCCCUUCCCCGACGAGCCCUUCCAGGCGCCCGGGCUCUUCGACGCGGGCUCGGCCGGCUCGUCCGAGUCCAGCCUGGACAUCUGCUUCCUGCGGCCCGUCAGCUACGUGGAGGCCGAGCGCCCCGAGCCGCUGCCCAAGGGCGCCGCGUCCCCGGCCGGGGCGCAGGGCCAGGCGCACGGCAAGGCCAAGCCGCUGAGCCGCUCGCUCAAGGAGUUCCCCCGCUCGCCCGCGGCCGACGGGGCCGCCCCGCGCCUCUACAGCACCCGCAGCAGCAGCGGAGGCCGCGUGCCCCUCAAGGCCGAGCGCCCCGCGCCCUCGCGCGCCGCGGCGCCGCGGACCUUCUUCCCCCAGCAGAGGUCCCAGAGCGAAAAGCAGACCUAUCUGGAAGUAAGGCGGGAGAUGCAUUUAGAAGACGCCACCAGGUUCUGUCCCAAGGAGGAGAGAGAGAGCGAACAGACUUCGUUCAGCGACCAGAACCCCCGGCAGGACCAGAAAGGGGGCUUCCGCAGCUCCUUCCGCAAGCUCUUUAAAAAGAAAAAUGGGAGCGCAGCUGGUGAAGACUUCUGUGGGCCCUGGGGCUGGUGGUGACAUCAGAGCUUUCCCAUGUCCAGGUCCAGUGGAUCAGAAUACAGGGACAAAACUAAUGAAACUCCCUCAAUGGAUCCUUCACCCACCAAACAAGAUUUCUUCAGAAACCGACUUGCUCUUGCAAAUGACCUUGACCAAGG